AUGGCUGAGAUUGAGUUUGAAAGUCUAUUCAAUCAUGCCAUGAGAGGACAGUGGAGAGAAGUUCUAGAGUUAUAUGAGAAAAACCCUGAAGUACUAGAAGCAAAGAUCACAAAAGCAGAAGACACAGUGUUACACAUUGCUGUAUAUGUAAGCCAAACCUUCUUUGUGACAACCUUGUUAGACAACAUAAGCCAAAACAUGUGUAGGAACAUCCUAAGAAUGCAAAACUCAAAGGGAAACACUCCCCUUCAUGUUGCAGCUGAGCUUGGGAAUGUGGACAUUUGCAACAACAUUGCCAAAAGAGAUCCUACCCUCAUUUCGUACCGGAAUUUCGAAGGCGAAACUCCUCUUUUCUUGGCUGCUGUUCAUGGAAGAAAAGAUGCUUUCCUUUGUCUUCACGGUCGACAUCAGAACAAAGAUGAUGACUCGAUCUCAAGAAAAAACAACGGAGAUACCAUUCUUCAUUCUACCAUAUCAUCAGAAUACUUUGAUUUGGCGCUUAGAAUAAUUGGAAUGUAUCCAAAGCUUGUGAACGGUGUAAACCAUGAAGGAUUAUCACCUCUGCAUAUUCUUGCUAAGAAGCCUAAUUGUUUCAGAAGCUGCACAAGGAUGGAGUUAAUCGAUAAUAUCAUCUACGCAUGUUCGAUUGUCGAUGAGGAAAAGGAAGAAAGAUACGACCAAAGUUAUAAUACUUCAGCACACACACAGACUUCAAGCAACUAUCCAUUGAACUAUGGAACAUGCAUGACCUUCUUAUCUUCGUUGAAUGGCUGUUUUAAAGUAACAACAACGGGAAAAGAUACUGAUGCUACAGAAACUACUGAUGAAGAGAAUAGUUUUUGGCGAAAAGCCGAGCAAGGGCAAGCAGAGAAAGAGAAAAAAAAUUAUAGGUUCCCUCCAAAUUGGGAAUCCAUGAUCCGAUUGUUAAUCCUUACAUUGAAGUCCUUCCUAAUCCUUUUUGGUGUUGGAUCGACAUGGAUAGAGAAAAUACAACGAAAGAAGGAAAAACACAUUCGAGCAAAGCAAGUGAUGAAUGAACUGAUUCAACGCGCUUCUCUUUAUAAGUAUGAUUUUACAGGACCAAGUCCUCAUAUUGAAGAGUAUGAUGACGAUGAUGAUCGUGACAUAAGUAAAAUAAAGGGCAUAGCAGAAAAAGAAGCUGCUGAGAAAAGAAGAGUGAUGUCGCCUAUUUUAAUUGCAGCAAAAAUGGGAGUAACAGAAAUGAUUGAGAAGAUUCUAGAUAUGUAUCCUGUGGCUAUACAUGAUGUGGAUUUUCAGAACAAGAAUGUUGUUCUUUUGGCCAUAGAGAAUAGGCAACCUCAUGUGUAUAGUAUGUUAAAUAAGAGAAGUGUAAUCAAAGAAACUGCAUUUCGUCAAGUCGAUAGCAACGGUAACAGUGCAUUGCACCUUGCUGCUACUUAUAGGAGGUUUCGACCUUGGCGUGUACCUGGUGCUGCAAUGCAAAUGCAGUGGGAAUACAAAUGGUAUAAGGUUGUUAAGGACUCCGUGCCACCUAAUUUCUAUGAACGUUAUAAUAAGGAUGGGAAAACAGCUAAACAAGUUUUUAUUGAUACUCAUGGACAGCUUGCAAAAGAAGGUAGUAAAUGGCUCACAAAAACCUCAGAAUCAUGUUCAGUGGUAGCAGCACUUGUUGCAUCAGUUGCAUUCACAACCUCAACAGCUAUACCAGGUGGUCCUGAUCAAGAAUCUGGUAUACCACUACUGCUAAAAAAGCCUGCAUUCAAACUCUAUGCUGUUGCAUCACUUGUUGCACUUUGCUCCUCUGUUACGGCCCUUAUUCUGUUUCUUUCGAUACUGACGUCUCGGUUUCAAGAAAAGGAUUUUGUGGUGGACUUACCGAGAAAGCUUCUUCUUGGACUGACUACGCUCUUUACAUCUAUAGCAUCUGUGUUGGUUUCAUUCUGUGCAGGGCAUUUCUUUAUUGUUGAAAGCCAGAUGAGAUUUGCAGUUUAUCCCAUAUAUGCUGCUACAUGUUUGCCUGUCUCAUUUUUUGCUUUGGUUCAACUACCUCUGUACUUUGAUCUGGCUUUGGCUAUGUUUCGGAAGGUUCCUCAGCGCAGCUACAAAGUGUUUUUUCACGAGUUGCAUCAUCAUUAG